GGACUCACCACCAAGAUGUUAAAAGUGAAGAGGCUGGAAGAAAUCAACACAUGUUAUAACAGUAACGAACUGGAGAAAAUGGCCUUCUUCCACUGCAUGGAAAAGGUUGAGAAAGUGAAAUGUUUUCUGGAAGAAAGUUCUAGUGAACAGGACACAAGAUCUGGAAAGAAUGAGGCUAAGGAGAAGUCAUGGUCACAGCUUGGCCUGAAGGAAACAGCCCCUGUCAAAGACAAAAGGACAUCAGCCCUCACAGAUGAUGUCCCGGCUCCUCCCGCCCCGUUUAAUCACCGUAUCGUGACAGCCAAACAAGCAGCCAUCAACAGUUUUUAUACUGUGAGCAGAACGGAAAUUUUAGGAGGGGGGCGUUUUGGCCAGGUUCACAAGUGUGAAGAGAAAGCAACAGGUCUGAAGCUGGCGGCCAAGAUCAUCAAGACCAGAAGCACGAGGGAUAAGGAUGAAGUGAAGAAUGAGAUCAACAUCAUGAACCAGCUGGAUCACGUGAACCUCAUUCAGCUCUACGAUGCCUUUGAGUCAAAGAAUGACAUCGUCCUGGUCAUGGAGUAUGUGGAUGGAGGGGAGCUGUUUGAUCGCAUCAUCGAUGACAACUACAAUCUGACCGAGUUUGACUCCAUCCUGUUCAUCAAGCAGAUAUGUGAGGGCAUAAGACACAUGCAUCAGAUGUACAUUCUCCACUUGGAUCUGAAGCCUGAGAAUAUCCUGUGUGUGAAUCGGGAUGCUAAACAAAUAAAAAUUAUUGAUUUUGGAUUGGCCAGAAGGUACAAACCCAGAGAGAAGCUGAAGGUGAACUUUGGAACUCCGGAAUUUCUUGCCCCUGAAGUUGUGAACUAUGAUUUUGUUUCCUUUCCCACUGACAUGUGGAGUGUGGGCGUCAUUGCCUAUAUGCUACUGAGUGGUUUGUCUCCCUUCCUGGGGGACAAUGAUGCUGAGACCCUGAGCAACAUCCUGGCCUGCAGGUGGGACUUAGAGGAUGAAGAAUUUCAGGACAUCUCAGAGGAGGCCAGGGAGUUUAUCUCCAAGCUUCUGAUUAAGGAGAAAAGCUGGAGAAUAAGUGCAAGUGAAGCUCUCAAACACCCUUGGCUGUCAGAUCACAAGCUCCACUCCAGACUCAUCACACAGAAGAAGAAGAAUUGUUGCUCUAAUGAGAAGAACCUUGUGACCAAAUAG